AUGAGUUUGUGCUCCAAGAGGUGCAUAGAAGACAUAAACUGCGACGUAGUUCCACACAUGUUCACUGGACUAAUGGAGCUGAGCAGGGAACAACUAAUGGCUUUGUCAUCCGCAGUGAACGUUGACUCCCUCAAGGAGAAUAUUUCGAACAAAAACGCUUUUUGUCGAGAUGCUUUCAUCACUCUCUUGUAUGCGUGUGCUAAACGAAAGGCUAUUUCACAAAGUAUCGUUCGGUGGUUAGCUGGUCCACCCGAUGAACUUGACUUCACUAAUGGCUGGUAUGUCCUCUUCAUUGUCCUUAUGGCGGAGCAGAUACCGGGCUUGCAGGACUCGGAUGUGCAAAUGUUUGCUGAAUGGUUGCUUCUUCUUUGUGACAAUACCCACUAUAAUUCACUUGCCAAAUUUACGAAAAGCGCAGACAUGGAGGCUGUUCGUGGGUUCUGGAAUCAGGUCGUCACUACCAAGCGGGCAUACAUGAACCCUCAUGAGCAUUUUGGACGAGCGAACAUAUUCCGUGCUGCUAUGGCCAGUUAUGUAGGAAUCUAUUUCCUUUUCAAAUGGAACCAGAAGAGAAAGGCUAGAAAUCUUCAAGAAUUACAAGCAGCGGAACGUGAGAACGUACUUAACGAUGCUUUGGCUCGCACAGGGCACUAG